AUUCUCUCCAGUCAGUCUUCAUUACUCAGGUUUCUGAAGUGGCCAUGGCAGCAGUACCUGAACUCACCAGUGAAAUGAUGGCUUACUACAGUGAUGAGAAUGACCUGUUCUUUGAGGCUGAUGGCCCCGAAAAGAUGAAGGGCAGCCUCCAAAACCUGAGCCACAGUUUUCUGGGAGAUGAGGGCAUCCAGUUGCAAAUCUCCCACCAGCCCGACAACAAGAGUCUUAGGCAUGCCGUGUCGGUCAUUGUGGCCAUGGAGAAACUGAAGAAGAUAUCUUUUCCCUGCUCACAACCCCUCCAGGAUGAGGACCUGAAGAGCCUCUUUUGCUGCAUCUUUGAAGAAGAACCCAUCAUCUGUGACACGUGGGAUGACGGUUUUGUGUGUGAUGCGGCCAUACAAUCACAGGACUACACGUUCCGAGACAUAAGCCAAAAGAGCCUGGUGCUGUCUGGCUCAUACGAGCUUCGGGCUCUCCACCUCAAUGGACAGAAUAUGAACCAACAAGUGGUGUUCCGCAUGAGCUUUGUGCACGGGGAGGAAAAUAGUAAGAAGAUACCAGUAGUGUUGUGCAUCAAGAAAAAUAACCUGUACCUGUCCUGUGUGAUGAAAGAUGGGAAACCCACCCUACAGCUGGAGAUGUUAGACCCCAAAGUUUACCCAAAGAAGAAGAUGGAAAAGCGAUUUGUCUUCAACAAGACAGAAAUCAAGGGCAAUGUGGAAUUUGAGUCUUCCCAGUUCCCCAACUGGUACAUCAGCACCUCUCAAGCAGAAGAAAUGCCUGUCUUCCUAGGAAAUACCAAAGGUGGUCAGGAUAUAACUGACUUCAUCAUGGAAAGCGCUUCCUAAAGAGACCUGUACCCUAAAGAGAGUCCAAAUGUG